GGCAGGUUUGCGCAAAAUGUGCCGGGGCUGCCCGGGAGAGGAGCGGCGGCCGCGCUGAGCCAGGUCUAAUUCCCCCGUGGGCUGCACAUGUCUCCAGAACGGGGCUUGCCCUUAGUGAUUCACUGCUGGCUGGGAACAUCCACAGCAGCACUCCCAGGACCCGACUCUGCCGUGAUCCAGGCUGAGAGGAGGGAGAGGAGCACCCAGGAGCACCCCGAAGCCCGGCUGGCACUAGCCAUGAGCCACCAGAUUCUGCUGCUUCUGGCCGUGCUGACCCUGGGCCUGGCUACCUCCCAACACCGAGACAAGGUGCCCUGUAGGAAGGUGGACAAGGAGGUCUGGUGCCAGGGCCGUGGCCUGCUCCAGGUCCCCUCAAUGCUCUCGCGGGACAUCGAGGUCCUCAACUUAUCUGGGAACCAGCUGCGGAGCAUCCUAGCCUUGCCCCUGGGCUUGUACACGGCACUUCGUCACCUGGACCUGAGCGCCAACGAGAUCAGCUUCCUCCAGCCAGGGGUCUUCCAGGCUCUGCCCCACCUGGAACACCUCAACCUGGCCCACAACCGCCUGGCGGUGGGCACGGCGCUGAACACUGGGGGACUGGGCCCCCUGCAGCGCCUGACGUCCCUGGACCUGUCGGGGAACAGCCUAUACAGCGGCCUGGCGGAACAACUGCUGGGGGAGGCGCCCGCGCUGCGCACACUCUCCCUGGCGGAGAACAGCCUGACGCGCCUGGGCCGCCAUACCUUCUGGGGCACACCCGCCCUCGAGCAGCUGGACCUGCACAGCAACGUGCUGAUGGACAUCGAGGACGGCGCCUUUGAGGCCUUGCCCCGCCUGGUGCACCUCAACCUCUCCAGAAACUCCCUUACCUGCAUCUCCGAUUUCAGCCUCCAGCAGCUGCGCGUCCUGGACCUGAGCUGCAACAGUAUCGAGGCCUUUCAGACGGCCCCGGAGCCGCGGGCCGAGUACCAGCUUGCCUGGCUCGACCUGCGGGAGAACAAACUGCUCCACUUCCCCGACCUGAGCUCACUCCCGAGACUCAUUUACCUGAACGCGUCCAACAACCUCAUCCGGCUCCCUGCGGAGCCACCUCGGGGUGGAGGCGAGGGCCUCCAUGCGCCUUCCGAGGGCUGGUCAGCCUUGCCCCUCUCCAACCCCAGCAGCAAUGCCAGCACCCAACCCCUCUCCCAGCUCUUGAAUCUGGAUUUGAGCUACAAUGAGAUUGAGCUCGUCCCGGAGGGCUUUCUUGAGCCCCUGACCUCCCUGCGGUCCCUGAACCUCAGCCGGAACUGCUUGCGGGCCUUUGAGGCCCGGCCCGUGGGCUCCCUGCCCUGCCUGACGCUCCUGGACGUCAGCCACAAUGCGCUGGAGACGCUGGAGCUGGGCGCCAGGGCGCUGGGGUCCCUGCGGACGCUGCUCCUACAGGACAACGCCCUGCGGGACCUGCCCCCGUACACCUUCACCAGCCUGGCCAGUCUGCAGAGACUUAACCUGCAGGGGAACCGGUUCAGCCCCUGCGGGGGCCCAGCUGAGCCUGGACCCUCGGGUUGCGUGGCCUUCUCUGGCAUCUCCUCCCUGCGUGUCCUGAACCUGGCGGACAAUGAAAUGGAGAUACUGCGGGCGGGUGCCUUCCUCCACACGCCACUGGCCGAGCUGGACCUCUCCUCUAACCCUGGGCUGGAUGUGGCCCCAGGGGCCUUGGCGGGCCUGGAGGGCUCCUUGGAGGUCCUGGCCCUGCAGGGCAAUGGGCUGGACGUCCUGCAGGUGGACCUGCCCUGCUUCAGCUGCCUCAAGCGGCUCAAUCUGGCCGAGAACCGCCUGAGCCGCCUGCCUGCCUGGACACAGGCUGUGUCCCUGGAGGUGCUGGACCUGAGAAACAACAGCUUCAGCCUCCUUCCAGGCAGUGCCAUGGGAGGCUUGGAGAACAGCCUGCGGCGCCUCUACCUACAGGGGAACCCCCUCAGCUGCUGCGGCAACGGCUGGCUGGCGGCCCAGCUGCACCAGGGCCGAGUAGAUGUGGACGCCACCCAGGACCUGAUCUGCCGCUUUGGCUCUCAGGAGGAGGUGUCCCUGAGUCACGUGCGUCCCGAGGACUGUGAGAAGGGGGGGCUCAAGAAUGUCAACCUCAUCAUCAUUCUCACCUUCGCAGUGGUGUCUGCCAUCCUGCUCACCACUCUGGCCACCUGCUGCUGUGUGCGCCGGCAGAAGUUUAGCCAACAGUACAAAGCCUAGAGAGUUUGGAGGCCACACACGGGCUCUGUCGGGAGACCCUGCUGGGGCAGUGGGGGAGCCAGAGGCACGGAGAAGAGUGGGGACUGACCCAUGAUCACACAGUGAGCCAGGGUCCAAGACCCUUGGUCUCUCCGUCCCAGCCCAGAGCUCCUUUCCCGGUGUCCUGCUGCACCAGUAGGUGACCCACUUCUCAGGCCGCACAUCAUGGGGUCCAGCUGUGGAAGCCGGAAGCUGGGCAGUUUCAGGAGUGAUGAAGUGUAAGGCUGACCCCAUCAGAUCUUCAGAUCUUUGCCAAGUAUCUGUUUUAUGCCACACCCUACCCUGGGCACUGGGGGUGCCGGUGUAUGAGACACAUCCCUGCCCUCAGCAUUUCCCAGUCUGGGUGGGCAGGUGGUUGCAGAGUGUGCGGUCACCAUGUGGAGUGUGACAGCCAGGGCUCCAAAGUUCUGCAGCCCCAGCUGGCUGAAUGUGGAUAGUCCUGCCCUGGCUGGACCAGGGCAAGAAAGGGGCAAGACCAGGAGGAUUCGUCUGAGACAUUUCCAAGCAGACUAUUUGUCACAUCUUCUGAUAAUGACUUUCAGCUUCUCUGGAACAUGAAGAGCUUGUGACCGGAAGAGAGCUGGAGCCACUUGAGUAAGGCUUGGAUCCAGUGAUGUUAGGCAGGCUGCGGCAGCUCUGGCAGGGUCUGGUUAAGAGGCAGUCUCCCUGGGCUCUGGCCCAGCACUGGACUGGUUUGUUUCCUACUCUCAAUAGGCACUUUCCUACCUGGCACCCUCAGGUUGCACACAGGGGUCCAGAUAACUGCCCUAGCCCUCCCCCCAUUCCCUGUCCAGGCCCUGCUCAGGCCUACUGCUCCAGCCCAGCCCCACCCUGGCCGGUGAGCCAGGAGUAAGACCCUUAUGUAUCUGGUUCUGUUUUACACCACACUUGGCAGCAGUGACAAACCCAAGCCUGUGUUGGCCUCUUUAUAACAACCCUCUGAGGUUGGUAUAUUAUCCCAUUUAACUAGAGGCUCUGAAAGUCUCCCUCCAGGGAUUGCUAGCUAAGAAAUGCCAGAACUGAGCUCCAGACUCACAUCCUCCUGCGUCCAGAGCCUGAGCUUGGCCACUGCAGGGGCUGCAGGCUGUAAGAUGGACAGGAAAUGGCCCCAUAUGGCUGGAACAGGGCCAGGGAGCAUCUGGGCACGCCCACCCACUCUUCUCCUUCCUUUCUUCCAGGCGGGCAGAGAGAAGACAGGCAGCCACAGGCGUGCUCCUCCUUCUGUGCCUCUGUUUCUCUUAUUCCAUCCUUUGCUGACUGGGAGGGCUCUCCUUUUCUCAUCUAGUCCUUGAAUUCCCUCCCUCUCUCUCCCUUUGUUGAGCAUAGCCUGGAACUUGAGACCAUUGAGUCCAACCUCCCUGGUACAUAGAUAGAACAGCUGAGACUUAGGAAGAGAAUGGGACUUGCUCAGAGCUGCUCAAGUCAGGACAGAGCCUGUGAAAAAAGGUGGAUUCAGACCUCACUGAGGGAGUCAGGGUUGGGGGGCUUGGGGGUUGGACCUGGGCAGUUUUCCUUCUCUCGCUCAGCUGUCACAUCACAAGAUGAUGCUGGCUCCAGCCUCCCUUUCUGGUCCUCUUCAUGCAGGGAAGUUUUUCCCCCUAGAAAAAUGCGUAGAAAAAUCCCAUGCAGAUAUGACCCAUGGAAUCGUGGGCUGUCUGGGGACAAAGGAAGCCCUGGGAUGAGCCUAGGACUCUGUGUCAUUGUCUUCACCUUCUUACUGUGCUUGGCCUGCACUCAGGCUCAUGAUGGUGCUCGGUAAAGUAUGAGAUGAUGAAAAUGGCCCUCUGUCCACCCCAUUUUACAGAUGAGAAAACUGAGGCUGAGAGAGGGUCAGAGACUCAGGGAGUCCAUGGCAGAGCAGGGCCAGAACCUGGCCUGGUGGCCUGGCCCCAGCUGGGGGCCCUGGUGGUGAAUGGGGCAGCUGGUGGGUCCAGUCCUGUUCAGGAUCAUGACCACAGGUGCUCACUGCACACAAACACUCUUCCUCAGGCCUGAGGGCAAGGCAUGGGCCUUUUCAUGCCUGAUCUUUGAAAACACUACACGAUGCUGCUCUCACCUCCUGGGAGCCAGGCCACAACCCAGGCCUCAGGACCCACUCUUUGUGUAACCCACAUGAAUGUAUUAAAAAAUGAUUUUAGAGAAA